GGAGAAGGGGUAGUCACCGGACACAGAAGAAGCUGCUCUAUAUGCCAGGCCUGAAACAUAACUAUUGACUGAUUAAAAGACUUGGAGAACUCUCUGCCUCUACUCCUAACUACAGCACCCGAGAGAAUGAAGUUCACAUGUGACCAGUGUGGAAAGAUGUGGCCUUUUGCUUCCAGUCUCAAAGUUCACUACAGAACUCACACAGGAGAGAAGCCAUUUAAAUGUGACCGGUGUGGAAUGGAAUUUCGACGGUCUGAUCAUCUGGAUCGACACAUGAGAGUCCACACGGGAGAAAGGCCAUACAGCUGUGACCAGUGUGGGAAGGCAUUUAAACAGUCUAGUGCACUAAAAGUACAUAUGAGAAUCCACACAGGAGAAAGCCCGUACAGCUGUGACCAGUGUGGGAAUGAAUUUAGAGACUCGGGUACACUCAGAGCACAUAUGAGAAUCCACACAGGAGAACGACCGUACAGCUGUGACCAGUGUGGGAAUGAAUUCAAACAGGCUUUUGCACUCAGAGCACAUAUGAGAAUCCACACAGGAGAAAGCCCCUACAGCUGUGACCAGUGUGGGAGAGCAUUUAAACGCGCUGAUGCACUCAACAUACAUACGAGAAUCCACACAGGAGAAAGCCCCUACAGCUGUGACCAGUGUGGGAAGGCAUUUAAAAGUGCUGAUGCACUUAAAGUACACAUGAGAAUCCACACAGGAGAAAGCCCGUACAGCUGUGACCAGUGUGGGAAGGCAUUUAAAAGUGCUGAUGCACUUAAAGUACACAUGAGAAUCCACACAGGAGAAAGGCCAUACAGCUGUGACCAGUGUGGGAAUGAAUUCAAACAGGCUUUUGCACUCAGAGCACAUAUGAGAAUCCACACAGGAGAAAGCCCCUACAGCUGUGACCAGUGUGGGAAGGCAUUUAGAGAUUCGGGUACACUCAAAGUACAUAUGAGAAUCCACACGGGAGAACGACCAUACAUAUGUGACCAGUGUGAGAAAGCUUUCUCUCAUUCAUCCAAUCUGAAUAGACACAUGAGAAUUCACAGUUGUUCUACACUGUAUGAGUGUGGUCAGUGUGAAAAGGCUUUUAAAACAUCGCAGCAACGCUCCAGUCACUACCGAACACACACAGGAGACAAACCAUACGACUGUGAAGAGAGUGGGAAGGCUUUAAGAUCUGUGAGGAACCGUCUGAACCAAGUUUCCAGACUGAAGAGAAAAGCAGCAGCUGUGACCAGUGUGGGAGGACCUGCUCAUCUGAAAGUGCACUGUCUUGAACACACUAAAGGAGACAGAGCUGCUGAGGCUGGAUCAUGUGAGGCUAAAGUCAGACUCAAAAAGCUGGAGAUCAGGCUUCAGAGACUCGAGACUGUGGAGUCGACCUCUGUGUAGAGUCAAAAAGUACAGACAUUAUGUUAAGAUUAAGAUUUUUUUCUGAUGGCUUCAACACAUAUAUUCAAGUUAUAUUAUGUUAUCUCACUGUUCAUUUUAAAGGUACUGUAAUGUUCACUCUUUAUUAUAAUCAUUAUUUUCAACUAUGUAAACUAUGUAAUCUGCACUAAUGUUUGUUCUUGAGUCUUGCAGAAAAUGUCUUUUGAAAGUGCAGGAUCCCACGGGAAGAAGGUCACUGUGAAACCCUAAAACAGAAACAUCAUGGGAGGAUGUUUGUGCGAAGGGGAAGAGUGACCUUCUAGAAAUGCAAUAACAGAAUAUAUUUCUCUGUGAAUUUCGUCAUAUGUUUUUGCAUUUGUAACUAGGGUCCCUAAGUUAAUAAAGGGAGGAGAAAAAUGGUGGGGGCCUUCAGAAGGAGGGUGCGAGGUGAUUCUGUAACUGAAGGUUUUUGCCUCCCCGCUCUUUCUCCUCAAUAUUGAGACAAAAUAAUCUUUCUUGUCUUCUCUUCUCUUUUGAACUGUAAUAUAGGUUAAAAAGGUGAACCUAUCAUUUUCAAACAAAGCUUUUUUUUUAUUCCAAAUUUUUCAGCUGGAAUUUACUUUGUCCAUCUUAUUUUUUCAAUUUUCUUUUUUCUUUUCUUUUUUUUUUUUUUUUAACCUUUGUUUAUCCUUUCAUUUCUGGUUCACAGAAACACUCUUGUGAGUUACCCCACAACAAAGUUUAUUCUUCAUUGAUGUUGUGAUGACGAUAUU